UGCCACCGGGACUUGCACAACAGGAUUUGUACUCAACUGUGAUGUCUUUUUCAGACUUUGAUAUUGCUCCUGCUCCAAAUUACAACUUACAAAUUAGCUGUUGUUGCGAUCAGAAGUGAUGGCGUGCCGAUGUUGGAGGUUUUAGAUGCAGGCUGAUAUAAUCCUUAUUUUAUGCUGAAAUCAGAGUGUAUUUGUUUUGCUUCUCAUGUUAUUUUUCUCACUUUUGAGGUUCCCACUGUGUCCAUAAAGCACAUAGGAAGCCGGAGUACCCAGAAAAAAGCCAUGCAUGCACAACAGGAGAUUCGACUGACAUGCUUAGAAAUCAAUACAAAUCAUUGUGUUAAAUAUAAUGUGUGUGCUGACAGUGGAUAAUGUAGGUGUUACAUGAAGUUAGGGCAAGACAAUGUGGACUGGAGCCUUUCAUCUGUGGAAGGAAAUAAAGUUCUCUCCUCACUGGAUGAUCAGGUUCCAUACAAGCCAUGAUAAACAUCACCAGUUCACCUCAGUCACUCUGUGGCUAUUGUUGACAAGACAAUGGUGAGGAAACAGACUGGGGCACUGAAAAUACCAAACGUUAAGUUUGAAGAGAGCAAUCUAAGGGCGUUUUCUGAAAACAGUUGCUUGUGUAUUCAAAGGAAUGGUUCCACAGUAACAUUACUGAUGCACCAAUUUUGCAGAAUGGGUGUGAAAGAGACUGAUUCAAGCUGUGACGCUGGCUCGAACAUGACUGCAAAUCCAAUUAUCUGAUUAAGGGAAGCUGUCCCUGUUGUUGUAUAAAUGUGGACACAUGCCUUGCCGGGCUGAGUCUGACAGACACAAGACGAAGAAAUGAUGCCUUAAUGUUACAUCUCAGAUGCACCCAUUUUGCUAGGCCCGAAUCAAUUACACUACAUAUACGUUGCAGACCAAAAUCUAGACUAAGCGUGCUAAAAAACACAGACAUUAGCAAAAUAAUAAACUUCUAUGAUGAUUAACAGCUGAAUGCUAUUUGAUCCUUCAUGUGAACUUUGGCCCUGACAUUUGAUAAGAAUGUAGCAAUAAGACACUAUGUUGUUGCCAACACUUUACAAUGCCUUUUCAUCAUUAAAAUCUGCCUAUCAAUAACUAUCAUGAUUUUUAAACUAAAAUAUGAAACCAUCUGAAGUGUUCUACACAGAAAAUAAAGUUGUACUCAUUGCUAUAAGUUUUGUCCAAGUCAAACACACCCAUGUAUACGGUUAGCCCUCGCCACUUUUGUGGUUGACAACAGAAUCCUACUGAUACAUUUCCCUCUCAUUAGCCAAAAUAUAUACAUAUCUAAGCAAACUUUAUGUAUCAUUUCAGCAUAGUUAAGGACUUUCAAGCAUAAAAAUUGAUGAAUGAAUUAAAAUAGAAGUAUAAGGCAUUCAGAAGACGCAUUCAGAGACGUUGUGAUGACAUGUAGUAUGCUACACUGGUCACUAGGCGUCAGUAAUGUUGGGUGAGACACAAGCACCAGACAUGACAGCCAGAACAACAUGCUUUUAUUACAGGUUUGAAUAAGCUCACAACAGUCACAAUAAUCCCUAACCUGAGCUACUGUUGCGACCGUAACACACAGCAACCAAAAACCUGCUACAUUACUUCCUGUCUGCCUGUCACUCAGCUUCCCUAGCAUUGGAGUACAUUUACAGCAACACACACAAGUCUUUUUCUUAUUAUGUCUACUAUAUUGGGUAUUAAGAGUGUAAAGGUGACCAUAGGGGUGCUAUUUAAUGUCCACAGGGCUCUAACAAUGUAUAGAAGGCCCAAAGCAGGUUGUCAAUGCUCUAAUUACAAAACUUUUCGAUUUAUAAUUAAGGAAUUAUAUUUCCCUGAAUCACAGUCAAGUAUGGAACCAAUUAUCAACAAUAAACAAUCGAUUGCUGUAUUGCCCAAGUCAAAUAUUGCUGACAACAAAUGCUCCAUGAGCACAAACACUAAAAAAUACACCCCCAGCUACACACCCAACAGCAUGCUGGGUAUGCCGCUGUACUCUUUCCCAACACGCUACCCUAUAUUCAGCUAGUAAUCAGACACAAUAAAUACUCUCUUUCAAAAAGGCCAGUAACAACAAAUCCAGCAACUUGUUCGAGCCUUAUUUGAAACUUUUGGAGACAUGACAUGAAAAGCAUAAGUCACUCUUUUCGACAAGCAGCUGGUCAGCUGUUCUUCCUUGAGCUUUUUGUUGAUGUUCAGCUGGGUACAUGUCUUUAUUAACUAUGACAUUGAUUUUUAAUAACAUAACAAUAAAGUCAAAACCCUUUUGCCCCCGGUAUCAGGGUUCCCAUCACUCCUUGCUACUCACCCAUAGUUUGCCCUCGUAAUAGAAAGCAUCAAGCAGCUUGACAAUGUUUGGGUGGUCACACGAGGCCAGUAUGUCAAUUUCCACCAUGUAGUCCUCCAGCUCCUCCUCGGUCUUUGUGUCAAUAACUUUGGCAGCAGCGAGGACACCUGUCUGUCUGUUCUGAGCCUGCGUAGAAAGCAAAUAUAACAUGCCAAAUGCAUUAUUGAGGUUUUCUGCCGUCUUGGACAGUUCAGCUGUUUAUGGGCUCUAUAGUGGCAUUGUAUGCCAACUAAAUAAUCAUUUUAUGACCAAUUAAGUGAAAUCAUAACUCUUACAACAUGCCACGGCACUCAUAUUGGUUUGUUAUCAUAUCAAAUGUAACUGUGUGGACAUUUCUUCCAUCUGUGCAAGAGGGAUGAAACUGUCACAGUGCUUUGGGAUACAGCCACAUCCUGGUAGCCUGCCAUGCUCAACUACAGGGUUGGGAAAAACAUGACUCCUUUGCACAAAAUCACCCAAAACAUACAGCCAGAACCACAAAGGAGUGGCUCCAACAAGCGCAUUAAGAUCAUGGAGAGGCAGAGUCAGUCUCUGGACUCCAGGAGAAAUUCUGUGGAGGGAGCUGAAAUUUCGAGUUGCAAAGGGACAGGCUCCAAACCUUCAGGGACUGGACCUGAGUGACCAACUACAAGUAACCUUGACCUCUGUACUUGCCAACAAUGGUUUCUCCGUUAAGUACGAGGCCACGCUUUGCAUUAUGUUGAAAUAAAUCUACACACAUGAAAAUAUACAUACAUACUAUACAAAUGGAAUAGUCCAUCUUCGUUAGUAGUUAUUUUAAAAUGCGGUAUAUUCUAUUCUGUGUAAAUUAAGGACAUACGUCAUAAUUUCGUUUUAGUGAUAUAGGUAUGGGGUGGAGCUCGGUGAAAACAGUCUCAGCUGACACUUCUGGUUCGCGUUCCAAUUCGAAAAGCACAGUGACAUGCCUUACCUUAAACACCUUCCCAAAGGCUCCGUCUCCCAGUUCACCGAUAAUGUUCCAUAUUUCCUCGGGGUUUUCAUCUCGUCGAACAUGCUCGUAUUGUUUCUUCUUCUUCUCAGACCCCAAUUUAAAGAUUUUACGGAAGUUAAAGAAGGACAUUGUGAACCCUACAGUGCGUCAUUCGGUGGCUAAGUCGUGAAAUGAAUGGAAUGUUUGUGGUUGUAAAAAAAUAAUUAGUGGUAGCAACAGUCCAACAGAAAAGUGUUCAUAAUUACCAGACAAAAUGAACGCAACGCUAGCUUUAAUAACCUAGCUUAGCUUGUGUCACUCUCCUGGCCAGUCCGGGAAAUUCGGUGCUCUUUUGUACACAGCAGCUCACUUGUACCAUCCACAAUGAUGCAGAUCUACCUUGACGUGUCCCGACCUCGAUAAUCCCCCGCAGUAGAACACUGAUUUCAUACAAAACACAAAGGCAGAGCCCCAGCACUCGGCGGCCCAAUAUUAUCCACCGAGGGGUUCCUUCCUCAACCAAAAUAGAUAUGGAGCAAACCGAUUGUAGUUCCUUCCAAGUAGUUCCGAGGCGUAAAUGCAUUAGAAACACUGAAUAUAACGGCCGGUGAAAUUCGGGUUAGCUCCUACAUGUACAAGAGCUAAAGUAGCCAUCCUGUCUUGAAGACGUGCCUUUUUCUAACGGAUUACCAAACUUCAAGAUUCGAGUUUAACGCGCGUCCACGAUUGCGCGCGACCUCGUGUUCCUUUCUCCUUUUUAGUUUACACUCUCAAAACCUUCAUCUAAGAAUAAAAUUAAUGUUUACGGAAAUAAUGGCGUUAUUUGCGUGCUGGCAGAGCGAGUGUAAUUAUCUGCCCCGUGGUGGCAUUGUUUCCUUUCAAGAAGAUACUCAUUGUUCGCAAUUGGGCGGAUCGAUCCGAGCAUCGACAGCAGGAUAGCAAGUACUAGUAUCAGAAAGAAUCGAUAUGAGCGAGGCAGAUGAGAUAAAUAUGUUUCUGUUCUUUUCGCUUCUGCUUUAUUCAUUUAGACAAAUACCUACGAUGUCUUUAUGUUAAUAUUUUGUAUAUAUUGUGACACUGUCUUACAUUGUUGGAGCUUUAUAUCGAGUAAGGUUGAUGAACAUUUUCUGGUAUGCUUGAAAUCUUUGUCCAGUGUUUUAUUUUUAUUAUAAUGCAGAUCAGCAAAACAAAGACAAAAUUACAAAAUCGUUCAAUUAACUUGAAAAAUAGCAAGUACAAAGUAUCGAUAUCAAAACCGGCAUCGUCUUCAGAUAGUAUCGCAUCGAUACUCGAAUGUGCCGUAUCGGCUACCGUCACAUUGUUUUGAUUGAACUACAAGUCCCAUGUACCAUGACAACCAACAGUGGUCUGUUUGGGCUAUUUAAGCGGUUCGUAAUGAUAUGAUAAAAGAGCUUAAUUCAUUAUGAAGUCGUAAAAUUAUACUGGAUAAAAAUGUUUUAAUAAUAAAGUAUACAAUAAUAAAAAUGUUUAACAGUAAAUUAACGUGACGUCACGUGACCAAUACUUGUGCUUCCGGUUCAUGCAGAAAAACUAAAAUAGCUAGCUUCCGCACUAGUCUCAUUAAGAAAAAACAACGUCGAAUUCAACGGAUUUGGUUGUCAUAAGAAUCACAUUGAGAUGUAGGCCGGGGAAAUGGAUCCUGCCGAAGAACUCCCAUCCAUGUUGUGGGGACUGGACCCCGUCUUUUCUGCUUUCGCCAGACUUCAUAUCAGAGACAUCCUCCUCCUGCCAGAGUCCUGUCAAGUGCCAGAUCUUUACUUUUACAAAUCCCAUCCCAUCUACAAGGUGGAUGUGCUUGGGACAGUCGUGUACAAGCGGGAAAGGGUGGACUUCUUCUCAUAUGGAGUGGACGAUGGCACUGGUGUCAUAAACUGCUCGUGUUGGAAAGAUGACCUCAUGAAGGGAGAGGUGGAUGUUGAUAUAUCGGAGAACAAGCCUCAUGAUGACGAUCAGGGAGCCUUCAAUCCAGCUGCGGAACUGAAAAAGCUCAGACGGACCCAGCAGAGCCGGUGUAGCCUAGAGAUCGGAGAGCUUCUGCGAGUCAGAGGACUGGUGAAGACAUACAGGCAACAGAGAGAGAUCACAGCAUCCACCUACUAUAAAGUGGAUGACCCAGUGAUGGUGGCCCAGAUAGAAUGGAUGACGGACGUUCUCCAGCUGUACAGUCAGUUCUACGACAAGCCACUCCAACUACAAACCAACACCGCUAGUGAUAGUCCGGUGAGUUCCCUCAGUAGGGCAACAAAUAUCGUCAAGGAUUUUCUACAGCAGAGGUCGGUGAGCAAGUUCACACCCUAUGAUGUUCAGGACCUCCUGCAGCCUCUUUUCACCAGCGGGACUGAAACCGCUCCUGCACAGCAGGAGCCUGUGUCGGGUCCAUCUGCACAUCAGGAAUUACGCCAGCUCCUCAAAGGAGCCCUGCAAGUUUUGCAGGAUGAGGGCCUGGUGUACCGCAGGGUAAUGUCCCAGGAUGAAGUCUAUUAUGUGACUGUGCAGGAUAAAGAUCUACUCAUGGUAGUGAAAGACAUCAUCAGGGAGGACUCAAAAAGAGAGAAGUUUAGGGCGAAGGGUUGCCACCUCCUGCACAUCCUGUCUGCGGUGAGGCAUCGCCACAUCCUCAACGUGAGCAAAGCGGCUCUGGAGCUGGUCCUCCACUCAUUGGAGCACAACAGUGACAUUGUCAGCACCAGAGAUAAUUAUUAUACCAUGUUUUAGGCCAUAUGUCAUACAUAUCUGUAUUAGGGCUGUCAAAGGAUGGCAUAGUAUCAGAUGAAUCACAGCUGGCAAAUUAAUCAUCAUCAUUCACCAUUUGCAACUGUGUCUGAAGUAUGACAAUUUUUUCAUCAUAGAGACUUGGCUUGCUGUGAUACGUGUGUAUUAAUUAUACUAAAAAAGGUUGGUUACCGCCGUUUACACACUAUUUGUGACAGCCCUAAUUCUGUUAGUCAUCAUGCAUAGUUACAUAUUUUUGUAGAGCUUGUCAUUAAAAAAAAAAGUGAUCUCUAAGCCACAAUUGCUUUUCUAAGAGUGUAAAGUCGAAAUGCAUCUUUUUUCUUUUCCUUCUUUUGUUGGCAAUUGAUGACCAAAACAUCCAGCUUAGCCAUCUUCAUGUGUACCAGCUGACAUUUUAAAACCAAUACUUGACAAAAUCAAGAAAACCAAGAACUCUUUCUGUUCAAAAGCUAA